ACACUACGCAGAACUUCGCCGCCGUCGCCUUUCUCAGUUUCUCCUGGGAGCUUGCCUGUGUCGAACAUGGCGGUGGCUGCGACGACGGUGCUGGACAUCGCGGAGCUCUCCUUCUCCGACUUAGUCGCCCUCCUAUCUCCCGAGACUCUUGCUGACGACGGCCGCUGCCGACGUGUUGUGGACACCGUCGCAACCGAGCUCGGCCGAGGUGGGUCCGGGUUGCUGGCUAUCGACGGAGUGCCGCGCGUGGGCGCCCUCCGGCGACGACUCCUCCCCUUGGCCCGACGCGUCGCCCUCAUGGAUCACCUGACCCGCUCCCAACUCCUCAAGAAGCACGGUUUGGGCAGCGACGUUCCUUUGAAGAAGCUCGAUCGGUCCGUAUCCUCGUUCGCGCAGCUUCUAAGGCAUUCAGGUGAACUCGUCUUGCUAGAGUCGGUGAACAACAAUGGGUUCAAUUCUUCUGAUAGGGUACAGGAUUGUAACCAAUCCGAGGAUGUUAAUGAUGAUGAUGAUGCUGAUGAUAUGGAUAAUCUGGGUGACCUCAUUAAGGAGCUUGGUUUGUACAUGAUGGAGCUUGGAAUCUUGAUUGCACGAGCUUGCGAUAUUGUCAUCGGUAGAGGUCAGCUAGAGCAGAGCAUCACUGACUUUGGGACAGCAAAGGCUAGGCUCAUUCACUACCACUCUGAGCUGGAUAACAUUGUGAUCAGGGAUAACAAUGCAAAGAGGAAAGGUUCGGCAAGUAAAGUGGCAGUACAACCUUACCAGUCAUGCUCUGGAAAUAGGUCCGGGUCAGUGUGCCCGUGCUGUAUUAAGUCAGAAGAUGGGACUACUGUAAUGGCAAUAGAAGAAAAUAAUUCUAAUGAUGCCUCGAUUCAGGGUCAGGCUGCUGAAAUUUCCCUGUUAAACCUAUGGCAGGAAUGGCACUAUGACUAUGGAAUCUUCACUGUUUUAACAGCACCGUUGUUCAUGAGCGUCUCUGAGGAUGAAAAAAGUUUGGUCAAUCUGGAAUAUCAUCCUCCUGAUGGCCACACACACCUACAGUUAUGCAAUGGAAGGAAGAUAUUCUCUGUUAGAUGCUCUCCUGAGAGCUUCAUUGUUCAAGUUGGAGAGGCAGCAGACAUCUUGUCCCAAGGGAAAUUGAAAUCUACACUUCAUGCUGUGAGUAGACCUUCGAGUUCCACAGACAUCAGCCGUGAGACUUUUGUUGUCUUCCUACAGCCCUCGUGGGACAAACUUUUAGCUUAUCCUGGUUACUCUUUAGAUGCUGAAGGUGAACCCAUUCUUAGCAAGCAGACUUCAAUCAUCAGUGAUGGAUCAGCAGGGCCUUGUAAUGAAGAUGCAUUUAUGCAAGAAAUUCUGAAAAAAGUUCCACCUCUAUCAUCAAGGCUAAAAGAAGGGAUGACAUUUGCAGAAUUUUCUCGUCAGACAACAAAACAGUAUUAUGGUGGCAAUGGCAUCCAACAGAACAAUUGAGCACUUGCAAUACAAUGGCAAUGCAUGUAGCACACAAUGAACUGAUGUAUUGACUUACAUUUUGAUACUGAUUUGGAUGCACAAAACUAAAGCAUCCUGGCAAACAAUGCAUACGGCUGAUCCUCCUUGAUGACUAAGUUUUGCAAUUGUUUGUUGGGAAUAGUCCCACAUUGUGAGUUGUGGGUGGGCAAACAUGAUUUAUAUGGUUGAGGUUAUAACCUUCUAAUAGGCUAACUUUUUGGUGAGUAUUGAAUCAACAGACCUGAACCCGUUGUUGUGUGUUCGAACGUGUGUGUCGCGGCCCGACGGCCUUGGGUGCGUGUUCGGGUGCACUGUGUGUGGGUGAUAUGGUGGGCGUGCUAUGUGUUGGUGGUCCGGUCCAACAAUUGGUCUCGGAGAUCAGGUCGAUAUUGUACAUUCUCAAACAAAUCUUGGCUCAACAUGUGAGAAGGAAAUUGUUAGGAAUAGUCCCACAUUGUAAGUUGUGGGUGGGCAAUCAUGAUUUAAUAAAUCAUAUGGUUGAGGU